AUGCGUAGAUUCUUUAGAAAAUAUCUGCCAUUUGUUGAGGCUCUUCUCUACGCCGACGGAAAUGUAUUCCACGACCCAGAUGGGAAUUCAGCCUAUCGCAGCUACCUUGUGUACCUCACACGCAUACUUUUUUCUGCUGUAUAUGGUCUUGUCAUGGCUAUCAUACUCAGCUACGCCUUUAUACCGAAUCCAUCGAAUAUUGUGGCACCAGUCGAGGCCAGUGGGGCCAGCAAAUCUCCUGCUUUUUCGGCCGGAAAACAGGGCAAGCCCGACGCUGAGGAUCUGCGUAAAGGACGGUCAACUUGGGAACAGAAGGCAGAAACCGCCAGAGUUUCCACCACCAGACGCCUCUUCUUGAUUGCUCGAGUCCUGCUUUACUUCGCUUUUAGUCUGGCCAGCACAAUGUCUCGUCGGGUGCGCUGUUUUCUCACUCUUCUCGUCCCAUCACUCGGCUUAAGUGCUGGCCAGUCAUUUAUGGCCGCCGAACUGCUCUACAUUACUGUGACAGGUCCGGUGACUACCAUCACACGCAAUCUACAAUCGGGAGCAAGUACACUUGAAUGUCUCAUGGAACUCUCGAACAACAUGACUCGCGAUCUCCACAGGAUGGGAACAGCUGAUCUGUUCAAUAUGGAAGGAGAGUUAGAGAUGAUGGAUCCUAAAGAAUCAGAUGAUGAUGAAUGGGAUGGGUUAAAUGAGCUGUCUGCAAAAAGCCAAAAACUUACAACACUUUUUAGCAGAAUGACGGAGAGGAUAGUGAAAGAGUUUACAACCAAGCUGAAAAAAGGCGUAAAUGUUUUGGAGUCCACUGUCAGCUCUAUGCAGCAAAUGGUAGGCAGAAAAUUGGGGUUUAAUAAUCAGAUUUUUGAUAAAAUGCAAGAUUAUAAGAAAUUAUCUUAA